GGACAUGCGGCUCUGGAGUUGGGUGCUGCGCCUGGGGCUGCUGAGCGCCGCGCUGGGCUGCGGGCUGGCCGAGCGCCCCCGCCGGGCCCGGAGAGACCCGCGGGCCGGCCGCCCCCCGCGCCCCGCCGCCGGCCCGGCCACCUGCGCCACCCGGGCGGCCCGCGGCCGCCGCGCCUCGCCGCCGCCGCCGCCGGGCGGUGCCUGGGAAGCCGUGCGCGUCCCCCGGCGGCGGCAGCAGCGGGAGGCGAGGGGCGCCGCGGAGGAGCCGAGCCCGCCGAGCCGGGCGCUCUAUUUCAGCGGGCGAGGCGAGCAGCUGCGCCUCCGGGCCGACCUGGAGCUGCCCCGGGACGCGUUCACGCUGCAAGUGUGGCUGCGAGCUGAGGGGGGCCAGAGGUCUCCAGCGGUGAUCACAGGGCUGUAUGACAAAUGUUCUUAUACCUCGCGUGACCGAGGAUGGGUCGUGGGCAUUCACACCGUCAGUGACCAAGGCAACAGAGACCCACGCUACUUUUUCUCCUUGAAGACAGACCGGGCCCGGCAAGUGACCACUAUCAAUGCCCACCGCAGCUACCUCCCAGGCCAGUGGGUCCACCUUGCCGCCACCUAUGAUGGGCGGCUGAUGAAGCUCUAUGUGAACGGCGCCCAGGUGGCAACCUCUGGGGACCAGGUGGGUGGCCUGUUCAGCCCACUGACCCAGAAGUGUAAAGUGCUCAUGUUGGGGGGCAGCGCGCUGAACCACAACUACCGGGGCUACAUCGAGCGCUUCAGUCUGUGGAAGGUGGCCAGGACGCAGCGGGAGGUCCUCCAGGACAUGGCCGUCCACGACCUCCACCCCCCUCUACCUCAGCUCCUCCUCCAGGAGAACUGGGACAACCUGAAGCGGGCCUGGUCUCCCAUGAAGGAUGGCAACAUGCCCCAGGUGGACCUCAGCGGCGCCCACGGCUUCCUGCUGGACACGAGCUUGGAGCCCCCGCUGUGCGGGCAGACGCUGUGCGACAACCCCGAGGUCAUCGCCAGCUACAACCAACUGCCGCGCUUCCGCCGGCCCAAGGUGGUGCGCUACCGCGUGGUCAACCUGCAGGAUGACGGCCGCGAGCAGCCCACGGUCAGCCGCCAGCAGAUCGACUUCCAGCACCGGCAGCUGGCCGAGGCCUUCAAGCACUACAACAUCUCCUGGGAGCUGGAGGUGCUGGAGGUGAGCAACUCCUCACUGCGCCGCCGCCUCAUCCUGGCCAACUGCGACAUCAGCAAGAUCGGGGACGAGAACUGUGACCCUGAGUGCAACCACACGCUGACCGGCCACGACGGUGGUGACUGCCGCCACCUGCGCCACCCCGCCUUCACCAAGAAGCAGCAGAAUGGGCUGUGCGACAUGGACUGCAACUACGAGCGCUUCAACUUCGACGGCGGGGAGUGCUGUGACCCCGACAUCACCGAUGUCACUAAGACCUGCUUCGACCCCGACUCGCCACACAGAGCAUAUUUGGAUGUUAACGAACUGAAGAACAUUCUAAGACUGGAUGGAUCAACACAUCUCAAUAUCUUCUUCGCAAACUCCUCGGAAGAGGAAUUGGCUGGAGUAGCAACGUGGCCUUGGGACAAGGAGGCCCUAAUGCACUUGGGUGGCAUUGUCUUGAACCCAUCCUUCUAUGGCAUUCCUGGCCAUACCCACACCAUGAUCCAUGAGAUCGGGCACAGUCUGGGCCUAUACCACAUCUUCCGGGGCAUCUCAGAAAUCCAGUCUUGCAGUGACCCCUGCAUGGAGACGGAGCCCUCCUUCGAGACUGGAGACCUCUGCAGUGACACCAACCCAGCCCCCAAACACAAACUCUGCGGUGACCCAGGGCCAGGGAAUGACACCUGCGGCUUCCACAGCUUCUUUAACACUCCUUAUAACAACUUCAUGAGCUACGCAGAUGACGACUGUACAGACUCCUUCACGCCCAAUCAAGUCGCCAGAAUGCACUGUUACCUGGACCUGGUCUACCAGAGCUGGCAGCCUUCCAGGAAGCCGGCGCCUGUCGCCCUGGCCCCCCAGAUAGUGGGCCACACGACUGACUCUGUGACGCUGGAGUGGUUCCCACCCAUUGACGGCCACUUCUUUGAAAGAGAAUUGGGAUCAGCAUGUGACCUCUGCCUGGAAGGGAGAAUCCUGGUGCAGUAUGCCUUCAAUGCCUCCUCCCCAAUGCCCUGCGGCCCAUCAGGACACUGGAGUCCUCGGGAAGCUGAAGGUCAUCCAGAUGUUGAACAGCCCUGUAAGUCCAGUGUCCGUACCUGGAGCCCAAAUUCAGCUGUCAACCCCCACACAGUUCCUCCAGCCUGUCCUGAGCCACAAGGCUGCUACCUUGAACUGGAAUUCCGCUAUCCUUUGGUCCCUGAGUCUUUGACCAUCUGGGUGACCUUUGUCUCCACUGACUGGGACUCCAGUGGGGCUGUCAAUGACAUCAAACUGUUGACCGUCAGUGGGAAGAACAUCUCCCUUGGCCCUCAGAAUGUCUUCUGUGAUGUCCCACUGACCAUCAAACUUCGGGAUGUGGGUGAGGAAGUGUAUGGCAUCCAGAUCUACACAUUGGAUGAGCACCUGGAAAUCGAUGCUGCCAUGUUGACCUCUAUUGCAGAUAGCCCACUCUGCCUAGAGUGUAAGCCCUUGCAAUACAAGGUGGUCCGGGACCCUCCUCUCCAAGUGGAUGUGGCCUCCAUCCUACACCUCAACAGAAGAUUCAUGGACACGGAUCUCACUCUCGGCAGUGUCUACCAUUACCAAGUCAUCACCAUUGCGGGAAGUGAAGAGAGUGAGCCAUCACCUGCUGCCAUAUACAUCCAUGGAAAUGGGUACUGUGGCGAUGGCAUCAUCCAAAAAAGCCAAGGUGAAGAAUGCGAUGACAUGAAUAAGAUCAAUGGUGAUGGCUGCUCCCUUUUCUGCAGACAGGAAGUUUCCUUCAAUUGCAUUGAUGAGCCCAGCCGGUGCUAUUUCCAUGAUGGUGACGGGGUGUGUGAGGAGUUUGAGCAAAAGACGAGCAUUAAGGACUGUGGUGUCUACACACCCCACGGCUUCCUGGACCAGUGGGCAUCCAAUGCAUCAGUGUCUCAUCAGGACCAGCAGUGUCCUGGCUGGGUCGUCAUCGGCCAGCCAGCUGCAUCCCAGGUGUGUCGAACCAAGGUGAUAGACCUCAGUGAAGGCAUUUCCCAGCAUGCCUGGUACCCCUGCACCAUCAGUUACCCCUAUUCCCAGCUGGCUCAGACCACUUUCUGGCUCCGGGCGUAUUUUUCUCAGCCAAUGGUGGCUGCAGCUGUCAUUGUCCACCUGGUGACCGAUGGAACCUAUUAUGGGGACCAGAAGCAGGAGACCAUCAGUGUCCAGCUACUGGACACCAAAGACCAGAGCCACGACCUCGGCCUCCAUGUCCUGAGCUGCAGGAACAAUCCUCUGAUUAUCCCUGUGGUCCAUGACCUCAGCCAGCCCUUCUACCACAGCCAGGCGGUACGUGUGAGCUUCAGUUCACCCCUGGUCGCCAUCUCGGGGGUGGCCCUGCGUUCCUUCGACAACUUUGACCCCGUCACCCUGAGCAGCUGCCAGAGAGGGGAGACCUACAGCCCCACGGAGAAGAGCUGCGUGCAUUUCGCCUGUGAAGCAACAGACUGCCCCGAACUGACUGUGCAGAACGCAUCUCUCAACUGCUCUAGCAGUGACCGCUACCAUGGCGCCCAGUGCACAGUGAGCUGCCAGACGGGCCAUGUGCUCCAGAUCCGGCGGGAUGAUGAGCUGAUCAAGAGCCAGACGGGCCCCAGCGUCACAGUGACCUGCACCGAGGGCAAGUGGAACAAGCAGGUGGCAUGUGAGCCAGUGGACUGCGGCCUCCCGGAUCAGCACCAUGUCUAUGCUGCCUCCUUCUCCUGCCUCGAAGGCACCACCUUUGGCAGCAAGUGCUCCUUCCAGUGCCGGCACCCAGCACAGCUGAAAGGCAACAACAGCCUCCUGACCUGUAUGGAGGAUGGGCUGUGGUCCUUCCCAGAAGCGCUGUGUGAGCUCAUGUGCCUCGCCCCGCCCCCGGUGGCCAAUGCAGACCUCCAGACUGCCAGAUGCCGAGAGAACAAGCACAAGGUGGGCUCUUUCUGCAAGUACAAGUGCAAACCCGGAUACCAUGUGCCCGGCUCCUCUCGGAAGUCAAAGAAACGGGCCUUCAAGACUCAGUGUACCCAGGAUGGCAGCUGGCAGGAGGGAGCUUGUGUUCCAGUGACUUGCGACCCACCUCCACCAAAAUUCCAUGGGCUCUACCAGUGCACUCACGGCUUCCAGUUCAACAGCGAGUGCAGGAUCAAGUGUGAAGAGAGUGAUGCUGCCCAGGGUCGUGGCAGCAAUGUCAUCCACUGCCGGAAAGAUGGCACUUGGAGCGGCUCCUUCCACGUCUGCCAGGAGAUGCAAGGCCAGUGCUCCGCCCCGGACCAGCUCAACAGCCACCUCAAGCUGCAGUGCCCCGAAGGCUAUGCCAUAGGGGCGGAGUGUGCCACCUCAUGCCUGGACCACAACAGCGAGUCCAUCAUCCUGCCAGUGAACGUGAGCGUCCGAGAUAUCCCCCACUGGCUGAACCCCACACGGGUAGAGAGAGUUGUCUGCACAGCUGGUCUCAAGUGGUACCCUCACCCUUCUCUCAUCCACUGUGUUAAAGGUUGUGAGCCCUUCAUGGGAGACAAUUACUGUGAUGCCAUCAACAACCGAGCCUUCUGCAACUACGAUGGUGGGGAUUGCUGUGCUUCUACCGUGAAGACUAAAAAGGUCACCCCUUUCCCUAUGUCCUGUGACCUACAAGGUGAUUGUGCUUGUCGGGACCCCCAGGCCCAAGAACACAGCCGGAAAGACCUCCGGGGAUACAAUCAUGGCUAAGGAAGGCCAAGGAGCUGUGAAAGAAUUCCAAGCGCCAGGACCUGCAUCCCUUUGGUAUUGAUUUCACCGUCAGCUGCUCAACGGAAUGGCCUCUCCACACCAGGGAUCCUUAGCGCCCAACCGGUCUGCCUUUAAUUUCUCCAAGGAAGGACUAAGUGGGGGCACAUGAACCAAGUCUCACCUUGCCGAACGAUGGAAUGGAAUCCCAUCCCAAAGUCUUAGGUGGAUUGCACAUAGAGUGUGCAGUCCCAGAGCCUCCUAAAAUUCUAACCAUUUGCCACAUGACCACAGCAAGAAACAAGUUCUGUACCUAGGAGUGUGCAUCUCUGUGGUUAGUACCUAUGCAUGCAUACGCACCCAUGCAGACAGCAUGUGAGGGCAGUUUUGGAGACUGAGCAGAGAGAUACUGGAGCAAACUUUCCUUUCUCAAGCUCCUAGCCAACACUGUCCUUGGGAGAAAGAGAGUUGCACAAACUGCUAAGACCAAGUGUUGAGAUGCCAAGAUAGCUCACACCCUGAGGCUUAGAAUACGUAGGCCUGCACAGUUGUGCAGUUCUUUGGGAUUGGAAGUGAAAUGUCUCUGAUCACCUGCCUUCCAGGGAUGUAGGACCCAAGAAAAGGUAAAGAAUCCAAGGUAUGCAAAGCACCCCCCCCUCAAUCAUUCCUCUGCCGUGAGGGAUUUUACCCCUACUCCAGGGUUUGAGGUCAAGCUGGAAAUGGCUUAAGAUUCCAUGUCAAGGUAUUAUACCAGCCCCCUGCUUGAGGCCAUGAUAUCCCUCCAGAACCCACCCAUUCCCCAAAUCUUGCCUUGGGACCACAUUUGCUGCUACUUUUCCUGCUGCUCUAUCCUAUACAUUGAGUACCCCAAGAUGGUAGGACUACGUUAGAAAAAACCCCACACAACCAAACAGUCUGCCUUAAAAGUGACCCACACUUUUUCCAUAGCUCCUCACUUCUCAGCCCUUCUGCAAGAGGAGUCCCCCAUGGGUGGACUUUUCCCCCUGGAAAAAGUCAAGGGACUUGAGAUGCUGGAACCUUCACUGAGUCCAGAAUGUCGAAGCCAGUGUUAGAUUUUAUAAUCAAGUGGAACAGUGUUAAAUGUCUAUGAUGUUGGAGCCAUCCCGAGAUUAUUGAAAUUGUAGGAACCCUUGAGUUAUUACCGUUGUCCCAGUCUUCUCACUCUGCAGGCUAGAGGAGGCUCUGGUCUGAGGACCUCACUGUUGCUUUGAGUAUCUAUGAUUCUGGAACAGAGCAGCAUCUUGGAUAUGAUCACUCCAGACUGUUCCAGAGGGCCGUCUGAAGGAAGCCAAAGAGUUCGCAGCCUCAGUCCCCAACAACCCAACAUGGUCAUCCCGUUGCCCUGAUAGUCUUCCAGCUACUGGUGUGCCCGUCCCUCUCUCCCAUGUUCAGCCUCCAAAAGUUAAGGGGAAGUUAGUCAAACACACCUGGAAGCACCCACCUCUUUUUGGCUUCUCUCUCACUCUUUUCAGUCAGUUACCGACCCUAUGAAAUCAUUUGGGAAGAGACUAACACAGAAUGAGGGGGAGGGAAUGGAUUUGACAUUUUUUGAGACCCAGAACUAAGAAAGCGAGGAGAUAGGAAUGUCUCAAAAAAAGAUUGCUGAAAACCAGGUCAUCUCAAGUCUAGGACAGACAACAACAAAGACUAGCCCUGGAAGGGAAAAGACCAGGCAUGAGUGCUGACCCUCCAAGGCGAGGUAGUGUUGGAAUCAACACCCUUUCUCCCACAGGGACCAAAAAUAACUGCAAAAACCUUACUGUGUCACUGGCAACAGCACUUACCUGCUGGUCAAGAACACUUGAGAAGACAUCUAUUGGCCACCUGUGGGCUGUUAAGAAAUCUUUCCAGGUGCUUUUCGCACAGGUGCCCACCAAUCAGGAUGCAGUGCUCUGAGAGUUUACUUUGCUUUUUCCAUGUUACAAACCUAAAUUGGGCUCCAGAAGGGAGAGACUGCCACCACUGUUAAGGCCAGGCGCAAACCCUUUGUUUCCUCCUUAGAAACUCAUAUUUCAUUUAUAUUCAGGGCAGGUUUUUCUCUCCCUUCUGUAGUCACUAGGGCCAAACCUUAGCUCCCUCCAAAUUAUGGAAAUAGAAUUGAUCGCAUCUCAUUACUCCUCUGCUGUAUCUUUCAACUCUUGCCAACUCUUAAAGUCCCUCUCUUGCCCUGGCUGAGUUAGUGACCUGUGUGGUGUUAGCUUAGAAGCUACAGACUAAGAAAGGUAACAGCGUCAGCCCUCCUGGUUGUUUAUUACACCAAUAGUGCAAAAAAGUCUCAAAGACCCAAAGAGGACAUGACUAGUGGUGAGGUGGCAGAGCCACUGAAGACCUUCACCACCGUCCCUGAAAUUGAUCCUCAUCUGCUUUCUUUCUCCACCAACACCCUCAUCUCUCCCCACCCACUUGGGCUGAGCAAAGUUUCCCAGGGGCUGACUUCCACAGAGCCACAGAUUGAGUUGAGCCCAUCUGAGCAAAGAUCCCCCCACUCUCCUUACCAUCAUUCAACCUGUUACAAAUUCAUAUCUGCCAAGGACACUAGGCAAGAGAGCGACUUAAUUGCUGGCCAGCCCUCUGCCCACGUGGCAGGUAUAAUUCACAGGUGCCCUUCUCAAACCUUAGCACAAGAAGGUCAGCUCCAUUCCUACAAUGUGCAAUACAAAUGAUCCCACUUUCAUUUUCUUUCUGGAAAUAAACUCACAGUCUCAUCCAUUGGAUCAUCUCCUGCUUAGGACAAUGGAAUACUCACAAGGCGGCAGCUCUGAAACUCUAUUGUCUAGCAGCAGUUCAGGGGCCCUGAAACACUUGGGGGUUCUGGGUCUGAAGAAGUAUUACCCUGUUAUAAGCAAGAGAGAAAAGAGGAGGUGGGCAGUUCUCCAAGCCUGGUCUUGGGAAGCCUUUCCAAGUUAAAAUCCUCACUGUCUCCCUAGAGGACUUGCAUUACCCCCAGAUUCUGUGCCAGCCACCUCUUCAGGGCAGACAGUCCUGGGGAAGUCCAUUUUGGUGGCUGACUUGGGGUUCAGGAGAGAUCAAUGAUCAUCAACAGUAGAGCUUGAAGAUGGAGGGUACCUGCUGCCCCUCCUGGCUUCAGUGUGCAGAGUCACCACCGAGACAGUCCUCUUGACCUGUUUCCACCUUGGCCAAUGCUUAAAUGCUAUUUGUUGAAAAUAAUUCAUUGAGACAGAUUCCAACUACCUCCCUUCCAGGUUCGCUUUAACUUGGUUGUAACUGUUUGUUAUAGGUCUUGCCUGUGUUGAAAAAAAAAAAAAAAAAAGGAAGGAGGGAAGGAAGGAAGAGAACUAUAGAUUCAAGUUGACAGUUUUGAGGGUUGUUUUUUGGAACUACUUCAAAUGGGCAAACAAGAAAUUGAAGAUGACAAAGCUGUACAGGUAGCGAGUCAUAGGAGACAAGAUGAAAAGGAACAAACCUGCAUGAUUAAAAACAAAAGCUAAUAAAGACCCUAUUUUUGUGCUCCUAAAGGAAAUUGUUUAUUCAGAAGACUGAGCAUGUAGGUAGACACAAGCAUAAAGAAAGAUUUCCCUAGGAGGAGACAUGGAGCGGAAUUUUUUAACACUGUUAACUCUCUGCACACAGUGGAAAUCUGACAUCUUCCCCCUUUGAUAAGUAGUAGUUGUUAUUGAGGCAUAUUUUGUCUGUCUGGUGGAAAUCAGUGGUAGAAGGGAGUUGGGGGGAGGCUUGGAAAUUGGUUUACCAAAUUCCAAGGAGACAUAUUGUGAUGUACUUUUCACAGUCUGAAAUGUUUGUAUUUACCAGUAGAGCACUGGGCUUUACAAAGACCGCACUUAGAAUCACACAGCACAGUCCACUUUCUUAAAAAGCUGCUACAUGACCAACAGGUAAUUCCCAUAGCUUUUGCAAAACAAAGCAAAGCAAACCCCCCAAAACCAACUAGUGAAUAAAUACAAGCCUACUUUCUUCAUUUAGUCAACUUUUGCCAAAUCUCUACCAAUUCUUUGUUGUAACUGUUGUUGUUGUUGUUGUUGUUGUUUCUUAAACAAAUGUACAGUAGCCCAGAGAGGCAUUUUUGUCCCUGGAAUAAGAACCUGGAAUUCUUGGCCCCAGGCAGCCAUUUGCUCAGUGACCUGGAACAAGUCAUCAAGUUGUCUCCCCAUUUGCCUCCGUUUCUCCAGCUGCAAAAUGGGGGAGACGACUACUUACCUACCUCACAGUACGAGGGCAGGGGGUUGUGAGGCCCUGAGGUCUGGCACGGGCUGUGGCAAUCUGUGAGCGCUGAGGCUUGACACAAAGUCCAGGGGUUAUUUUUCAAGAAUGCACCGGCCCAUGGGCCAUUUCAGAAAGACAGGGAAUGUUCGCUGGAAAUGUCCAAGCAGAAAGCUGGAGUUCCUGGAUUAUAAUCUGCUUUAAGAGAGAGGCUUGCUGUUUAAGAAUAUUCAUUUUAGGGAAAUUGGAUUUUCCUCUUUAUUCUGGCCUUGACUAGCUCUAUAAUUAGAUUAAGCCAAUGACUUCCUACAGUGUAAAAGCCAGUUCACUCUUCUCCACUCAAGACUUCCAGGCCAUUUCCAAUUUUAUAGAGGAAGGGAGUUCCUAAAAUCACUUCUCUGACUUAAAAUUCCACAUCAAGUGUUCCAUUAAAAGGAAGAUAGGACAUUCUGAGUGUAAACAACUCGGGGCUUCUUAAACUCUACACCAGCAGUCAGUGAGGAGAGUUUUGAGCGAUUAUUGAGUUGCUUUCUUGGGUCUCUAUAAUCAAUAACCUGUCCACAGAUAUCUAUCUAUAUAAAGAUAUUAUAUAUAAAUAUAAAUUUAC